CUGCCUGGGCCACAGCGCGCGGAGGAUGGAAAGCGCUCAGCCAUGUCUCUGGGUCGCCUCCUUCGCAGGGCCUCCUCCAAGGCCUCCGACCUCCUGACCCUCACCACGGGGGGCAGUGGUGGGUCCCCCUCCAUCCUGGAUGGAGAGAUCAUCUACUCCAAGAACAAUGUCUGCGUGCAUGCACCGGAGGGGCUGCAGGGCCCUGGGGAGCACCACCCAGGGUACUUGUGCCUGUACAUGGAGAAAGAUGAGCUUCUGGGGGCCACCCUCAUCUUGGCAUGGGUCCCCAACUCUCGCAUCCAGAAGCAAGAUGAGGAGGCCCUACGCUACAUCACUCCCGAGAGCUCCCCUGUGCGCAAGGCACCGCGCCCUCGGCGGCGACGCACCACGAGCCUGGGAGCCCCCUACCAGCCCUCUCCCACAGAGCCAAGGCCUUCGCUGACCCCCAAGGAUGAGGACAUCCUGGUGGUGGUCCAGAACACCCAGGGAACUGUGCACAUCAGCCCUACAUCUGAAGAUGGGGAAAAGCUGGUGCAGGGCCCGGAGCUGGAUGGGCCCCUGCCCACUUCACAGCCUGUCCACAGUGACUCUGGGAUCCUGUCUACCGUCAGCUCACAGGAUGGGACAGAGGAUGGCCGGGAGGCACGGCCCGAGGCUGUGGAGGAAGAGGGCUCCUUGGAGUUGUCAGCUGAUGGCGUGAGCAGGGAUAGCUCCUUCGAUUCUGACUCUGACGCCUUCUCCUCACCUUUCUGCCUCUCCCCCAUCAGUGCAGCCCUUGCAGAGGGGAACAGCUCCGCAUUCCUGGAGAGUGAGGGCAGCUCCCCCUCUAGCUUGGAUGCCAACCUGCGGUUCCCUGACAGCAACGGCCUCCUGCAGACACCUCGCUGGGAUGAACCACAGCGGGGAUGUGCCCUGGAGCAGAUCUACGGUGUGUUCCGUGUGGACCUGGGCCACAUGCGUUCCCUGAGACUCUUCUUCAGUGAUGAGGCUUGCACGAGUGGCCAGCUGGUGGUGGCCAGCCGGGAGAGCCAAUAUAAGAUUUUCCACUUCCACCACGGCGGCCUGGACAAGCUCUCCGAGGUGUUCCAGCAGUGGAAGUUCUGCACAGAGACGCACCUCAGGGACCAGCAGGUCACAGAUGAGAGGACUUGCAUGCAGUUCUCUAUCCGAAGGCCCAAGCUGCCAUCCUCUGAGACCCACCCGGAAGAGAGUCUGUACCGGAGGCUGGACGUGUCUGCCUGGCUCAACCACUUGAAUGAUCUGGGCCAGGUGGAGGAAGAAUACAAGCUACGCCAGGCCAUUUUCUUUGGCGGCAUUGAUGUGUCGAUCCGGGGGGAGGUCUGGCCUUUCCUGCUGCACUAUUAUAGCCAUGAGUCCACGUCGGAGGAGCGCGAGGCACUGCGGGAGCAGAAGCGAAAGGAAUACGCAGCGAUCCAGCAAAAGAGGCUCUCCAUGACUCCUGAGGAGCAGAGAGCCUUUUGGCGCAGUGUGCAGUUCACCGUGGACAAGGAUGUGGUUCGGACAGAUAGGAACAACCAGUUCUUCAGAGGGGAGGACAACCCGAAUGUGGAGAGCAUGAGGAGGAUCCUGCUGAACUAUGCCGUGUACAAUCCAGCCAUUGGCUACUCACAGGGCAUGUCAGACCUGGUGGCUCCCAUUCUGGCUGAGGUCUUGGAUGAAUCGGACACUUUCUGGUGCUUCGUGGGUUUGAUGCAGAAUACCAUCUUCGUUAGUUCUCCCCGUGAUGAGGACAUGGAGAGACAGCUGCUGUACCUGCGGGAGCUGCUGAGGCUGACACACCAGCGCUUCUACCAGCACCUGGUCUCGCUGGGCGAGGACGGCCUCCAGAUGCUGUUCUGCCAUCGCUGGCUCCUGCUCUGCUUCAAAAGGGAGUUUCCUGAGGCCGAGGCCCUGCGCAUCUGGGAAGCCUGCUGGGCCCACUACCAGACGGACUACUUCCACCUGUUCAUCUGUGUGGCCAUCGUGGCCAUCUAUGGGGAUGACGUCAUCGAACAACAGCUGGCCACAGACCAGAUGCUCCUGCACUUUGGGAACCUGGCCAUGCACAUGAACGGAGAGCUGGUGCUCAGGAAGGCCAGGAGUCUCCUGUACCAGUUCCGCCUUCUGCCACGGAUCCCCUGCAGCCUACAUGACCUGUGUAAACUGUGUGGGACGGGCAUGUGGGACAGCGGGUACAUGCCAGCUGUGGAGUGUGCUGGCCACCACCCGGGCUCAGAGAACUGUCCCUAUGGGGGCACAAUGGAGAUGCCAUCACCUAAGCCCCCAAGAGAAGGCAAGAAAGGCCCGAAGGCACCGCGGGAGGCCUUUGGUUUCCGCAGAUAGGAAAGCCUCUGUUCUUGACAAGGAGCAAGAGGACCUCCCUAAGGUCCUGGGCAAGUGGGAGGGGGUGGGGAUGGACGUGAAGGGAACAGAAUCUAGAAAUACAAGGAAAGGCCUCUGGCCAAUGCAAAGAGAGCCUUGUCACCAUGAUGACAAAAUCAGACUCUAGAAGUGACAGCAGAUAUCAGAUGCCCCGGAGAAUUCAGCUCCUGAAAGGCUGGCCCCGGAUGUCUGCCUGCUGCACCAGAAUGCAGGCUGCUGGGUGGCUGGGGGACUCGAGCAGAGCCCAGAGUCUCUCCACAAGCUGUGGGCAAAGCAGGAUCCAGAAAAGGCUUCAUCCUCACACUGGCACUGGGGCACAGGUGAGCAGGACUGUCCUGAGUGAGUCAGGCAUAUUUCUGAAGCCUCUUGGUCACAGCUGCAAGACCCCUGUGAAGACACCUGUCCAAAAACAGAGAGAGGGAGGGAAAGAGGGAAGAGAAAGAGAGCGCAGAUGUUCAGACCUGAACUUCCCACAGUGCCCAUGUGAGUGUUGGGAAGGACAUGCCUACCCCAGAGGCACAGGCUGGUUGACAAGUGUCAGACGUACCUCCCACUGGGAUCCUCCCCUUAGGAUCUGAGGUUUGUCAUCUCUACUCUCUACGGAAAACAGCAACCCACUGGGGCCUGAAUGGGUUGAGGGGUGUGGUAUGUGCAACCAUGGGAUCCUCUGAAGAGAAAAUACUUGGUCCUGGAUAAGUGGGAGUAUCUAAAUCCCCAACCAAGACAUAAGGCACCUGAGAUGGCUAGGAAGGGACCUCCGCCUCCAUGAAGGACCUGGCUCCUGUUAUGCAAGGGGGCUUCUGUCCCUUGGCAUCUCUGCUGGCUGAGCAGCACUGGGCUGCUCUGCCUCUUACCAAGGAAAAGGUCACCCCCACACUCCAUCCUCCAAAGCUGAGGACUGAGGUUGGUUAGUGGUGUGUUCUAGAGUAUCCCUAGCUGGUGUCCCAAAAGCUGGUGCAAGGAAGGAUCCUGCCUUGACCCCCUUCAUCAUGGGCUGAGUCUGUGUGGGGAUGCAGGCGGCAGGGGUGCACAGAGGUGCCCUGCUGUUGACUUUUCUCACUGAGAGCGGCGCUGCAGGACGGUGCCACAUUAAAAGGUGCUUAUCAGAACGUAAGCAGAGAUCUCUUACAGCCGGCCGCUCCCCUUCUCAGCCUUCCCUUCUCCGGGAGCAUUUCUGAGGAUGUGAGUCCUUCUAGGAAGAGCCUUUGGGAGAGAGUGUCCUCAUUGUUGGGGUACAGGCAUAUCUGCUGUCCAGCACCACAGUAUCCAUACGUAGGACACAGCCUCCACGGCUAGAGCCUGACUGGCACACAGGGCGAGCGUUGGGUCAGCAGUCUAGGCUCGGUGGCUCUGGUCUUGGGUAGAGUUGCUCACUCUCUUCUGGGCUCACCAUUUCUGAAGUCCCACUGGGUACAUAGGAUGUAUGGGUGUGUGGCGGCACUGGCCUCUGGGUCUCGGGUCACCCCAUGACGGGAGAGGCAGAAAUGAGCAGUGUUUUUCUAAGUGCUGCUGGAUACCCACACUUGCUGACCGCCCGAGGGGCAGCAGAGCAGGUGGCCCGGCUGAACUCGGCAUCCGGGAGACUGAACCCUCAGCUCUGGUGCUGCUAUGAGCAAUCACGUAGCAGAGGCCUGGUGAUUCAGAGGGGUCCCAUCUGCCUACCGCUCCAGGAAAUCUAGAUACAUAUCACUCCCAGGAAGGAGGAGCCAGCUCCUACCCUCCCCCUCCCAGGAUCACACAGCACCCUGUCUCCUGUACUCUGCUGUGUAUGGUGGGGAUGGGGAGAGCAGGCCCAGGGCGUCACAGACCCUGAAGAGUCUCAGAGAGCAAGGAUCCCAGUGCUCCCCAAGACCUGACCCAGAACGGUCAGUGACAGCCUCAUAUCAGGUAUCCCCCCUAGUCCUGUGGAGUACCCGUCCCUGGUGUUACCUGCAGCGUUAGAACAUCUGGGGCCUCUGCAGCCAGACAUGGUGUGUGGGCUCACAGAGCCCUGUUCUGUUCUGAGGAGUGGAGAGGCCCUGCACACACGGAACAGCAACCUUAAUCUGGAUGCAAUUAGAGGAGACCAGCCAAAUACCCUGUGGCAGCUGUUACCCCAGGAUUAUUUCCAGCCAGCAAAAGGCAUUAGGGUGAUAAUUCAGUCAUUAGACUUCUAGCCUUCCCACCGCCAGGACAUACAAAUCAUGGGUAAUCAGCCCGCACACCGUCUCUUGGCCACAAGGCUUAUUUAACCCAUUUUUUAAAAUGACACUUAAUGCUAUUGACCAAGCAUGCCUGUGUGCGCAUGCCCUGCUGCUAAUGUCUGUGCUGACGACAUCGCCUAAUGUCAUUGGGGCUCUGGUAAAGAAGGACACCUUUGGAGUGCGUGCGUGCGUGCGUGUACUAACACUGGUGAAACGUGCCUACCUUGGAAAGGGUCACUUACUCUCCAUGUGGAGGGGACAGUGUUGGUGGAGGGGGCAGCAGCAGGAGGUUGGAGUAAGAUGUUUGCUCCCCUGCCUGGCCAGUGUCCUCACUGGGCACAGAGAAGACACUGCUUCCCCCCGACAGCUCUGCCUACAGGUGCCAGCCAGGAGGCCUGGCUCACCUCUGCAGACAGAGCUGUGUGGUUCGUGAACAACCAGGGAUGCAGAGGGAAACAGGUUAAAUUCAGGAGGGGAAGAUUUUGGUCUUGACUGAGGUUUUGCUACAAGUGGUGUGAAGCCUUUGAUGGACAGGAGAGCAGCGGCCCAGUGGAGGGUCACCCCAAGCUGGUGCCUUUGAUGGCCCUGGGCAUGGAGAGGGUAUGGCAAUAAGGAAAUGGGGAGAACUGUAGGCUGAAUCAGGAGUCAGCUCCCGAGCGGUUCCUCUGUCCUCUUCCCCGCAUUCAUGUUUUGUUGUGCCGAAGAGGCAGUGUGCGGAACUUGGAGCCCACACUCAUGCUAGGCGAGUGUGCUGCCACACUGGGUGACACACCCGACCCGUCUGUUUCGUGUUUGACAGAAUUAAUUCAGGCAGAGAUCAGCCCCUCACAGCUGCAAGAGUCUACCUGUGGCCUCCCCUCUGUGGACUCCUCUCCAGUGCAGUCAGGCUGGGGUUGUGAGGGACACCCUGGGCUGGCCAGACAGUGGGAAGGAGCCUGACAGAGGUCUCUGGAGGUCACCUCUGGAGGGUGGAAAACUUAUGCAGGGGUAUAGCCUGGGUUCAUGACGGGCCAGGGCCCACCCAGCUGGGCCACUGAGGAGGGAGGAGGACACAGGGAAGCUGGCUAGCCUGAGGCUAGACUUGCCAGAUCCCCGGAGUCCCUGAAGAGCCAAGCAGCCUCUGGCCUUAGUCUUGUGUUUCUAAAAGGCUGCAGUGCAUUUUGUCCUGCAUUAACCUGGUCUAGAAGGAACCACCCCAAACCUAAAGAAGCCAGUGUCCUCCAGAGCUUCCCUGGCAGGGAGUGAAGGGUUCCCCUAGCCAUUUCCUCACCCAUAAAAGGAGAGCAAGGUUCUCCAUCACGGUCCUUCAAAAGACUGCUCUGGGGACUUGGAUGUAAAGGCUGCCACAAGAGCAGCAAACCAUGGCCCAGGGACCUCACCUGCCACUCAGGGAAGAGCCCACUGGCCUUAGCCUUCCGCAGCAGUGACCAGGAGGGGCUGUCCACUCCCAUCGAGUGCUCCCCUGGGUUUGGAAUCAGCAGACCCACGCCUCUCCCAUGUCACUGCCUCCUGUGUGUCCUCUGCAGAGGGCAAGCCUCUGUGCCACCCACACCGACCGUGAAAAGCGAGCCACAAAGCCACCUCGUCGGUUUUGGCCUGUGCCUGUCUGUGCGCAUGCGCACGUGCUCUUGCGUGGCCAGCCUCGCCCACAGCGGGGAAAAUCCUUCCAUGAGGACUCCGCGCUUCUUCAGCAGCUUCAUGCAGAUACCUGCCACCACCAGGCCUUUAAAUACAUUGCAUUCAGUUCCAGGUGGGAGGAUAACACUUCCAGCUCUCAGAGAUCAAGUCAUGUGACUAUCUUUCUUCCACACUUGGAGGAUAAGGAAGACAGCCUUUUGUGUGUCUUGUUUUUAAAGUAAUGAAAUAAUCCCCAUUGCUGAUGUCUACAGCAAGUGAUUCAGUUUCUCUGUUGUGUUGUGUGUGUGUGUGUGUUUUUUUUUUUUAACAGUCCUCUUCCGGUCAAGGUCAGGACUGGUUACCAUGACCCUUGUUAAUCCUGACUCUCAUGGAUUCCACACAAAAUAAAUAAAAUAGUAUUGCCACACA